UCAGUUCAGUCGUUGACGCGCCGUGAAACAAGCAACAACCAUAUAAGUUGACAUUAUCAAUUUUAAAAAUAAAAUACAUAAAUAACAUUAGCAAAUUUUUCUGAUCUCGAUAAUUACAUUUUGCAUUGUUAUUGACGUGUUUAUCAUGAUUAACGAUGGAAUAAUCGUUUUAAUUGCGUCAAGUUAAAUUAAGAUUGCUACAGAAACGAUAAAAAUUGUAAUCAAUAUUUUGCAGACAGUAUUGAAAUGUAAAAGCUAUAAUAAUUCAAGUGUUCAAUUGCGUUAGCAGCCGGACUGACCAAAUUGCCGAUACGUCUACUGAACGGUCGGACUAAAUUAUUUACUUCUACUGAAAACUUCUUUACUUAUCAUUUUUGGCGAGUUGCCCAUAGUCUUGUUUACUGCUGAAUUUCACAUUCUACACGAAGAUUAAGCAACGAAUACUCCAUCUCACAUAAUACGAAAGAAGAAUGAUGGUUUCAUCCGCAAUAUUCGGAGCAGCUGCUGGCACGGGAUUAGCCUUAGUGGUGGCCAUGACGAUCGUAGUUUAUCGUUACUAUGCCGUGAAGCGAAAGGGGAAAUGGAAUUGGAGCAAUCUGGAUCGAUGGCCGGAUCCACCAAAUAUUAGGAGCAACAACAACGAUCAGCCUCAUCAUCAUCACUGCCACGCAGCGUCGACGUCACAAGUGCUCGACUGCUGGAGGAAGCCGCAAAAAAAUUACUACGCUGUACAAACCGGGGUUAUGCCGGACAAAUUGUCAGAGGUUCUGGGCGAUGUCCUGGAGUUAUGCGGAGGCGGAGGCGGUGGCGGUGGCGGUGCGGCAACCGGAGACAAGAACAUGUCGAACAACCCGUCGGGUGGAAGCGCGGCUACUAGGAUCGGCGCAGUGACAGGAGUAGCGAUAAUCAAGGGUAGAUGGGCCCAAAGAGGCACGAGAUCGCCUCUCUCUUCCGUCGCUAAUACCGAUAGUGCCGACAGUACAACUUCGACCAGUUCGGAGGAAUUUAACGUUGCGAAGGAGCAACACGCGGUACAACCUUCGGUAACCGAAUCGGGCUUACCCCAUCAGAGUCGCAGUUAUCCAGGCGGGGGCGGAAGUGGCAGUCGAACGUUGGCUAGAAAUUCAUCCGUUAGCUCGCAGAGCUCGGUGGAAGGUGCAUCUUGUUCUUCGAAUCAUCGAGGAUCAUCGCCUCAAAUUAGAGCAUUCGGUCCGGACGGGCGACAUCAUGCGCGACAUGAUCCUCUACACGCCGCUUCUUCGUAUCCACCUAGCAGAAGCUCGAGAUCUCCUUCACCAGCUCGUGCGGCGUCCUUGGAUGCACGUUGUGCAAGUCCUGCCAGUUACACGGGCAGCUUGCAUAGUGGACAUGCGUCGCCCUCACAAACCUCUUUGUCGUCCGUAGCAACGGGUGUAAGUUCCACUUGCGGGUGUUCGCCGAUGAAUGCCGUUCAAAGUACUUCCAGACAGACCAGUCGUUGCUUAUCGCCCCUCCUCAUCCCACCACGUGCUUCCAUAAGCAGCGACAGUGGUCCCAUACCACCUGCUUCUCCACUUGGUUCUUUACAACCGGAUCUUUAUCAAAGACGUGACGGUCCUGUCUUUCUCAGCGCUCGCAGGACAGGAAAACAUUUGGGCAGGCUUCAUCUGCGCUUAAGAUAUGACUUUGAUAAAUCGGAUUUGGAUGUGCACUUGAUCGAGGCACACGAUCUCGCAGGCAGCGAUCAGGGCGGUUUCAACGAUCCCUACGUCAAGUUGACUCUCAGUCCGGAAGUGGACAGCAGGAAAAGACAAACGCAGAUCCACCGGAACGAUCCGAAUCCGUUUUUCGAUCAGCAUUUCAAAUUUCCCGUCAGCUACGAAGAGCUGCAGGAGAAAACUCUAGUUUUACAGGUAUUCGAUUAUGAUCGUUUCUCGAGGAACGAUGUGGUGGGUUCGGUAAGAGUGGCCAUGGACAGCCUCGAAUUGGUCUCUUCCACUUCCUCGGUAGAAGUUUGGGGUGAAAUAGCGAGGGAACGCAAACCGCCGGAAGAGAUUCAAGAGGUUUUGAUUUCAUUGUCUUACUUACCGAGUGCCGAAAGGCUCACGGUUCUUAUGAUGAAAGCUAGAAAUCUGUUUCCCCAACAGGAUAAGGAGACAUUGGAUCCGUUCGCGAAAGUUAGUCUUCUCUGUGGAGAAAGAAGAGUAAAAAAGAAGAAGAAAACGGCAGUUAGGAGGGCAACGACAAAUCCCGUUUGGAACGAGGCGAUGUCGUUUAAUAUACCUGCUUCAUCACUCGCAUCAUCGGCUAUAGAGAUAUGCGUGCUGGACUCGAGCAGCGAGUUGAUCGGCGGAAAUGCCAUCAUCGGAUCCUGCAUCAUUGGACCAGCCACAGGUGCGGACAGCGGUAACAGUCAAGGACGAGAACACUGGCUUCAAAUGACGCAGUCACCGAGGAAGCAAAUCGCUGAAUGGCACACGCUACACUAGUUCGAUCGUCGUUACGAUCUAGCCGUUUGAUCGCCCGAAUAAUUCGCGUCCUUGAUCAAAGGAAAUACAAUCUAUCGUCGUGUAACGAAUAGUCGUAACGAAUAGUCGAAUGACCAUAUACAUACAUACGAAACGUAUAGCGAUAUUAUAUGUAAAAUGGCAAAAAAUAACAUGUAUUUCUCCAUCGUCUUAACAAAAAAAGACAAAAAAAAAAAAAAGAACAAAAAAUCCAAUGACCCGCUAAGAAAUCGUUCUUCUGCACUUUUAUAGAUAUAUAUUAAUGAUCGUUAAAGAUCCAUAUAACAUUUCGUUGCAUCGAAUGUCGAUGCGCGAAGAGAAAAAAGUAAGAAAGAAAAGUAAUGAUGAAUAUUCUUCGUCGUAUAUCCAUGCACUAACAGGCACUACGCACUUGUAUUUUCGUUCAUUGCACAACACUUUGCGCUACAGGCAUGAUCCAACUGUGCAUUUCUUAAUUUUGGAUACCUGAACAAUUUAGAGAUGUAGUUUUAAAUUAACAUUGAUGCAUUAAUACAAAUUCUCCAAAGUUACAAUGAAGGAAACGUAAUCCAAGCUGUGAAGCAAAAGCAGAGACAGAUCUCAUGUUUCGCUUAACAGAUCAAUAAUUAAACGUACAAACUAAUAUUUUAAGAUAAGUCACAACUCGAGAAGACAAUUAUCAAGUCCGAGUUGAUGAAAUCCGUUGUCUUGACUAAGAAGCUACUUUCUCUCAGGUUUAUCUCGUAUUUCUCUUAUAAUUAUGCUUCUUCUUCCUCCUCCUCCUCCACCUCCUCCUCUUCGAGAAAAAAGAAAAA